AAACAUUUUUAAAAACGCGUAACCGCUCGAGCCCUCCGCGCUGCGCGGGAGCGUUUGCGUUCGCGCGCGCCGCCACCUUGUAAACAAAACAAAACUUUUUUUGGGGGGGGGGGGCAGUUUCAGCGUACCAGUGAUUCCGUUCACAUCGAGUGGACAAAAAUGCGGACUAGAAAACACUAUAAUAUAUAAUAUAGUCUAUAUAUCGGUAUAACUGAAUCCUGGCUGCAGCGCAGCAGACACACGAGCCCGGGAAUUGGUUUCACUGAAGUCAGACCGAUGAUAUGGGGACUAACCUACAGAUCCGGACAAAGCUCAAAGAGCCAGCUGCCCAACGUUUCGAUAUGUUGUACAUAUCUUUCUCAAGGGAGCCUGUGUUUUAAUCAAAACAUUGGAGGAAAUCUUUUCAGAAAACAAAACUGGAUUAUCCUUGUGAAAGAGAAGAAUUAAAGAUGGAGCCUGUCCAUAUUAAAGAGGAGGGUCCUGCACUGGAAUCAGUCCAUAUUAAAGAGGAGAGUCCUGCACUAGAAUCAGUCCAUAUUAAAGAGGAGAGUCCUGCACUGGAAUCAGUCCAUAUUAAAGAGGAGAGUCCUGUACUAGAAUCAGUCCAUAUUAAAGAGGAGAGUCCUGCACUAGAAUCAGUCCAUAUUAAAGAGGAGAGUUCUGCACUAGAAUCAAUCCAUAUUAAAGAGGAGAGUCCUGUACUAGAAUCAGUCCAUAUUAAAGAGGAGAGUCCUGUACUAGAAUCAGUCCAUAUUAAAGAGGAGAGUCCUGUACUAGAAUCAGUCCAUAUUAAAGAGGAGAGUCCUGCACUAGAAUCAGUCCAUAUUAAAGAGGAGAGUCCUGUACUAGAAUCAGUCCAUAUUAAAGAGGAGAGUCCUGCACUAGAAUCAGUCCAUAUUAAAGAGGAGAGUCCUGUACUGGAAUCAGUCCAUAUUAAAGAGGAGAGUCCUGUAUUAGAAUCAGUCCAUAUUAAAGAGGAGAGUCCUGAACUAGAAUCAGUCCAUAUUAAAAGGGUUAUUCUCAAUUCUAAACCCUUAAGCAGCUUGCAGGGCUUUCUUCACUGUACUGGAUGUGGGGAGAGUUUUAAUCCUGAAGGAAACCUUGAAACAUCUCCUGGAAAGACUCUGCGUCGCUGUGCUGGAUGUGUGAAGACUUUCAGGGAGUCAGGAAUCCUGAACGGACAGCAGCAAACAGGCACUGGAAAGACUCCAUAUAACUGUCAUGAAUGUGGGGCGGAUUUCAGACACCACAGCACCGUGAAACACCACCUGCGAGUUCUGAAGGUACAGCUGGGUUAUCCUUGUGAAAGGCAGGAUUCAGAGAUAGAGCCUGUCCACAUUAAAGAGGAGCUUCCUGAACUAGACCCUGUCCAUGUUGAAGAGGAGGGUAACCAUUUUAAAACAAGCAGCUUGCAGGAGACUCUGUCCUGUACAGAAUGUGGAAAGAGUUUCAGUCAGUUACAAAAUCUGAGACGUCACCAGCGAUUCCACACUGGAGAGAAACGACAUGUCUGUGCUGACUGUAGGAAGAGUUUCAGUCGUUCAGACCAUUUGAAAACACACCAGAGAAUUCACACAGGAGGUAAACCAUAUGUCUGUGCUGACUGUGGGAAAAGUUUCAGUCAGUCAAGCCAUUUGAAAACACACCAGAGAAUUCACACAGGAGAUAAACCGUAUCUGUGUAGUAAAUGUGGGAAGAGUUUCAGAUGGUUACAAAACUUGAAAUUUCACCAACGACUCCAUACUGGAGAGAAACCAUAUGUCUGUGUUUACUGUGGGAAGAGUUUCACGAUGUCUGGCCAUUUGAAAACACAUCAGAGAAUUCACACAGGAGAGAAUCUGUAUCUCUGUGCUGACUGUGGGAAAAGUUUCAGUCAGUCCAGCCAUUUGAAAAGUCACCAGAGAAUUCACACAGGAGAGCAACCGUAUCUGUGUAGUAAAUGUGGGAAGAGUUUCAGACAGUUACAAAACUUGAAAUUUCACCAACGACUCCAUACUGGAGAGAAACCAUAUGUCUGUGUUUACUGUGGGAAGAGUUUCAGUCAGUCAGGCAACUUGAAAAUCCACGAGCGAUUCCACACAGGAAAGAAUCCUUAUCAGUGCACUCACUGUGGGAAGUCUUUCAAUGCUUCCGGUUCUCUUAAAAGACACAAAUGCAAGUUGUGAAAGUUUAGGCAGAAUGUGAGUGUGUGUUCAUUCACCCAUAUUCAGAAAUUCCAGUCUUUUUAAACAGCAGCUUAAUAUAAAAACUGUGAGAACUCUGGUGAAUGUCUACAGAUGAUACAGAUUUAUCAAUAUUAAACACAGUGCUCUGAAGCCGUUACAUUAUAAAGUACAUUCUUAGCAUGCAAUCCGUUGAAUAUACAGACACCUCGGAGCGUUGUGUGAUACGAGGCAAAGCCGAGUGCCUCCAACCCCUGAGAAGUCUGUAUAUUCAACGUAUACGCCGUGGGAGAAAGUCAUAGUUGUAAUUGAAUGUACUUUAUAAAAUGACAUUUCAAAUCUUAAACUAUGAGCUUAAGAUGCUGUGAUGCAAGCCAGAAGUAAAAACAUUGAAUACAGAGUAACACUUUGUGAGAUUAAAAAUACAAGCGAUUCUACUCUGAACAACUGAAAGAAGAUAAGACUUUAACUGAACUGAUGCUAUUGUGUGCAUUUGAAAACAAUGUGAACGUCUGAACCAUUUAAACAUUGAUUGAGUUUAUCUACAAGUUCUGUAGCAACUCUAGAUUACAACUUCCUACUAAAUGCAAUUGAAGCUGCUUCCAAACUGAACUUUUACGUAAACAUACAGAAGUCAGCUUGCGUUUGAAAGUAUUUAUUUCAAUGUUUUAUUACUGCUAUACUUAAAAUUCUGAUACCAUGAUUUCUAAUUAAUUACUUUUGUGAGCCUUAAUAAAAUUAAUCGUUUUUAUGGGUUGAGUUUCUUUUUGCCUGUUAUGAGUACUAAAGUAAGCAUUUAUGAUUGAUGUGAGAUCCUGAAACCUGUACACUUUUAAUG